AUGGAUAAAAGUUGGCUGAAUAUUAAGAAUAAAUAUGAUAAAAGGUAUAUUAAAGGAAUAGAUAACUUUCUUAAUUGGGCAUACAGUCAACCAAAUGUGAGCACUGUGAUCAGAUGUCCUUGUAAAGGGUGUAGAAAUACAGAGUACAUGUUAAAAAUCCAAAUAAGAAGACACUUGUUGAGCAAUGGAUUUUGGGAUAGUUAUAAAGUGUGGGACUUGCACGGAGAGGUAUUGGUAAGAGUUGAAAAUUCUGAUGUGAUAAACAAUGAUGAAGUAGAGGAUGAUAAUGCUGAAGAAGAUGAUAUUACUGGGAUGAUUCAUGAUGCUUAUGGAUAUGCGAAUACAGCUGAUGCAAAUAAUCUUCCACACCAUAAUGAAGAACCAAAUUUGCAAGCACAAAAGUUCUACCAAUUACUUGAAGAUGCUGAGACAGAACUUUAUCCUGGUUGUAAAAGUGUGUCCAAGUUGUCUUUUGUGGUUAGACUACUUCACUUGAAGUGCAUUAAUCAUUGGACCAACAAAUCAAUGGAUGACUUGUUGAGCUUCUUUAAAGAAGUUCUUCCGGUGGAGUCAUUUGUUCCAAAUUCUUUCUAUGAAGCAAAGAAAGUACUUCGAGACUUAGGCUUGGGGUACACCAAAAUAGAUGCAUGCCAGAAUGAUUGUAUCUUAUAUUGGCGCGAGCAUGCCAAUGCACAAUCAUGUCCUAAGUGCGGUGAGUCUAGAUGGAAGUCAAAAGAGAAUGGAGGCAAGAAAGUAGCUCAUAAAGUCUUGCGACAUUUUCCUAUCAAACCAAGACUGCAGAGAUUAUACAUGGCAAGAGAGACAGCAAAAAAGAUGAGGUGGCAUAAGGAGGAACGUGUUGAUGAUGGUAUCUUGCGACAUCCGUCUGAUGCAAUGGCAUGGAAAUCUUUUGAUGAGAAACAUCCCAGCUUUUCUGCUGAAUUAAGAAAUGUUCGAUUAGGUUUAGCAAGCGAUGGGUUCCAGCCUUAUGGGAACAUGAGUUCCAACCAUACCAUAAGGCCAGUCGUACUAGUUCCGUAUAAUUUACCCUCCUGGGAUUGCAUGAAGAGUGAGUAUUUCAUGAUGACACUUCUUAUUCCAGGUCCUAAGUGUCCAGGCAAUGAUAUAGAUGUAUUUUACAACCGAUGA